AAGUUGCGGCGAGGGGGCGGGGCCCGGCGCAGAGGCCUUGUGGGCUCCUUUUCGGCGCGGUGUACUGCGGGUCGCCAUGGCGGACUUGCAGCAGCUUCGGGUACAGGAGGCGGUGGACUCCAUGGUGAAGACUCUGGAGAAAGAGAAUAUCCGGAAGAUGCAGGCCCUCAUGUUCCGGUGCAGUGCUAGCUGUUGUGAGGAGAGCAAGUCGUCCAUGCAGCAGGUGCACCAGUGCAUCGAGCGCUGCCACGCACCUCUGGCUCAAGCCCAGGCCCUGGUUACCAGGGAGUUGGAGAAGUUCCAGGACCGCCUGGCCCGAUGCACCAUGCAUUGCAACGACAAAGCCAAAGAUUCAAUAGAUGCAGGGAAUAAAGAGCUUCAGGUGAAGCGGCAGCUGGAGAGUUGUGUGACAAAGUGUGUGGAUGACCAUAUGAACCUCAUUCCAUCCAUGACUAAGAAGAUGAAGGAGUCUCUCUCAUCCAUUCAGAUAUAGAAGCCUUUGCCAUUGGCCAUUGUGACUGAGGGCAGGAAUCUAUUUAAAGUGAAUGAGAAUUUUGGUCUUUUAAGCAAAGUUUGUGAAUGAAGAAAUUAAGGACGGCAGCAAGAUUAAGGCAUGAGUCACUUGCCUCUGGACACUGAUUCUUUUAUAUUUUAAUCCUAGAAAGUGCAAUGGAAAAAAAACUGGUGCUAAAAUUUGGGUCAGAGAGUUUUUGAGAGCCUAAAUUUUAUGUGGCAAAUGCUUACUCUGGCAGCAGAUGUUUCCCUCAAACCAAGACAGAGCCCUCUGAGGUACCAGUAAGCUGACAGCCUCCUCUCACCUACCAGUGAUCUGGUGGAAUGUGAAGAAAGGUGUUUCUCUUUGUUGCCGACCUCCUGUUUACCAUAAGCAUCACCACACCAUUUUUGAUAAGCUGUAAAACAAAAUCCAUGAGGUCACUAAGUUAGAAGGGGAAAAACGGUUUCUGGGUAUUUGUUUUCCUUGGUUUCGUUGUAUAUACAAGGGUAUAAAGGGUAUGAAGAGGUAGUUUGGAUAAGAUCUUUCAAAGCUUCCUUUGGAUAGCUGUUUCUGUCUAUCAAGAUGUAAAUGUGCACUUCUUAAAUUCUCACACAUGACAUCUUUCAGCUUGGAGAUCCUCCAGAAAUGUAAGAGGCAAUGUCACGCUAAGUAUGGGAAGCAGACCUUCCUCCUCACUGGCUGCAGUGAUGGGCCCUAAGCCUGUCUGCAACAGAGUGACAGGACAGUCUUGCAGUGGUACUCUACCUUGAAGGGAGAGGAGUUUUUUAUUGUGCUACAUACCAAUAUCCAGGAAUGAACAAUGAAAGAGGAACUGUUGACUGUUUAAUUAAAAGAGUUAUGAAGUACAGGGUUUGGAAAAAACCUGGUUUUCAGGAAUGAAAUCUAAACUCAGUAUUGCUUCCUUAGUACCCUGAAAUAACAGAGCCUACUGAGACAAUCCUUUGGCAACAGGAAGGUCAAGGUAGAAAAAGUAAGCAACUCAGGUGAGCUGUGGCUCCUUUAGAGCAAAGGAGGAGCUGCCCUCCCCCCCACCCCUCCACUACCAAAUACCACUUUUCCCUGGGGGCUUUGCAAUGUGUAGUGUUCCAACCCCAGCUCUGGCACCUUACCAUUUUGAUAAGGACCUUGUUGUCUUUUUACCAACUUAUUACUUGAAAUAGUAAUAUAGCCGUUCUGUUUGCUGUUUCAGGACUAUGAUACAUUUUCCUAGUUGUCUGAAAUAAAGUUUGAUUUUCUUCCA